UUGCAGAGAAUGCGGUUGAAUCAAGGUUAACUCUGGGUCUGUGGUGCGGUGGGCCCCAGCAGGACCCUCAGCCUCCUCUGGAACCCAUGCUGGACUGGGCAGAGCUGGCAAAUGGCUUGGAGCCCUGUGAGAACUGUCAGAGUCAGACGUGUAAGAAGUUAAGGCCUGGUGUAAAUCUGCAGGUCACCAGAGGGUGACAAAGUGCCAAUCAACAUGGGUUAAUCAAAUGAAUGACAUCAAAAAUGGCAAAGAGAACUGUGUCUUCUGAGCUCGCUCCAGAAUGAGGGCCUGGGAGCCUGGUUGAGGCAGUGAUACUUCUUGGUUUGGGAUCUGAGGCCCCUUUGAAGGUCAAGUCAAGGUUGUGGUCUCCAGAAUAUGGUGUCUUUGACAGCAGCAGUUACCCAGCUCAGGAGCAGAGGCCUCCCCCCUCAGUCUCGGAGAGCCAGGCCGGCUCUUGGCUGCCCCUGCCAGUGCCUCCACUGGGCAGCAGAUGGUGAGAGGCGGGCUGUGAGCACUUCUGCGCUCCUCUCAGUGUGCCCCAAUCCCUGUUUCUAAACAAAUGGUCUGUUUUUGGAGUGGACUAGGCUUUCUGACCCCAUGGGUCCUGGAUGAUGAGCCUUCCUGGCAGAGGCAGGAGGACCACGUCUGAGCAUUGCUGGCACAGGCGUCCCGCUCCCUCCCUCUCUAUCAGAGGCCCCAAGAGCGUUGUAUAAAAGAGGGUGCUUCAUGUGCCCUCCGUUUAGGAGGACUUACAACAGGGCAGGCUGUCCCAAAUGCCUUCAGGAUCCAGGCAGGGCAAGUGAAUGAGCAGAGCCCGCCUGGAUGAGAAGGAUGGCGGAUGGCGGCAGACUGGACCAAAUCCACCUCAUCUGAAAGCAUUCAAAGCUUAUUUUAAACCCUGGGAAUACUUAACGAGACAAAUGUGCGCCAACUUCGGGCUGCGGUCCAUGCAGCUUUGCAACCCUGAGGAAACUACACUAGAUGCACCGGCCAUCCAGACGGCUUGCGUCCCCCACCCCUGCCAGGUACCACGGACCCUCGCUGGGACAUGUCUUUGCUCAGGCUGUUCUGGAUUCCUGGAAUUUCUGUUCCUUCUCUUCGGACUGGCUACUUCCCAUUCAUCCUUCAAGACCCUGCUGAAGCCCCCCAUCUUUGUUCCCAUUGCACUAUGAUGGCAUUAACGAGAAGGCAGUGGAGAUAUUUAUUUUUCUUUCCCAGUGGACUACCGGUACUUAUAGGAAAGGGACACGAUCUUACUUAGGUUUUGGUGCUCCUGGCUGGGAAGGGCCAGAGGAUUGGAAACCCACGUUUCUGAUGGUGACUGUGAGGCAGCAGUGAGACCAGAAGGCAGCUCCACUGCCCUUCCUGGCUGCCCACCAGCUGCGCUGCUGGUGAACUCUGGGGCAGCCCUCACUCAGGGCCGCUGAGGGUUCCUCACUGAGCGGGUGGGGCUUGCAGUUGACCCAUCGGAUCUCUACUGACCUGUGAAGAAGCCUGCCUUACAGGACGCAGCGAGGCCAGUGGCCUUCUCUGAGCAGGGCAAUUGGGCAGGCUCGGAAGGAGUGUGUGGCCCUUUAGACCAGAUGCAACUCUGAUGCUUCUGCCAGGCUCCAGAUCUGCACUUUGAGUGCCGGUGCGCAGCGGAGAUGCCACUUUCCCCAAAGCUAUGGACAACGUGACGGUCCGGCAGGGGGAGAGCGCCACCCUCAGGUGCACAAUUGACAACCGGGUCACCCGGGUGGCCUGGCUAAACCGCAGCACCAUCCUCUAUGCUGGGAAUGACAAGUGGUGCCUGGACCCACGCGUGGUCCUUCUGAGCAACACCCAAACCCAGUACAGCAUCGAGAUCCAGAACGUGGAUGUGUAUGACGAAGGCCCAUACACCUGCUCUGUGCAGACGGACAACCACCCAAAGACCUCACGAGUCCACCUCAUUGUGCAAGUAUCUCCCAAAAUUGUAGAGAUUUCUUCAGAUAUCUCCAUUAAUGAAGGGAACAAUAUCAGCCUCACCUGCAUAGCAACAGGCAGACCAGAGCCUACGGUUACCUGGAGACACAUCUCCCCCAAAGCGGUGGGCUUUGUGAGUGAAGAUGAAUACUUGGAAAUCCAGGGCAUCACGCGGGAGCAGUCGGGGGACUAUGAGUGCAGCGCCUCCAAUGAUGUGGCCGCACCAGUGGUACGGAGAGUGAAGGUCACCGUAAACUAUCCACCAUACAUUUCAGAAGCUAAGGGUACAGGCGUUCCCGUGGGACAAAAGGGGACACUGCAGUGUGAAGCUUCAGCAGUUCCCUCGGCAGAAUUCCAUUGGUACAAGGAUGACAAAAGACUGGUUGAAGGAAAGAAGGGGGUCAAAGUGGAAAACAGACCUUUCCUCUCAAAACUCAUCUUCUUCAAUGUCUCUGAACAUGACUAUGGGAACUACACUUGUGUGGCCUCCAAUAAGUUGGGCCACACCAAUGCCAGCAUCACACUAUUUGAACUAAAUGAGCCUACAAGCUCAACUUUGUUGCAAGAAGUGAAAACUACAGCUCUGACCACUUGGAAAGGCCCGGGUGCAGUCAGCGAAGUGAACAACGGGACGUCGAGGAGGGCAGGCUGCAUUUGGCUGCUACCUCUUCUGGUCUUGCACCAACUCCUCAAGUUUUGAUGUGAGUGCCACUCUCCCGCUGGGGAAAUGCUGCCGCCACUCCACCCACCAACAGAAGAGCAAAGCAACUCCGACAGCAGCAAGAGCAAACCCGUUUCUAAAUACAACACCAUCAAAUGAAAUUCCAAGAAACAGAGCCCAAUGGGACACAAAUUCGAGGGAGGGGACAAAGAAUACUUUGGGAAAACAAGUUUAAAAAUGAAAUUCAAAGUCGCCUUGCAGAUAUGUAGGUAGAGCUGAGUUUUCUUUCUUUUCCUAAAUGGAAGAACGCACACCUGGCUUUGGACCCACCUGCAAGCUGCAUUGCGUGACCUCUUUGUUACCAGGUGGGCAAGGGCUCAGCCGCUCUGCCCGCUAAAGUGCCCCACCAAGGAAAAUUUUGCAGUCGGGCAUCCCAAAUUCAAUCAGUCCAUAGAGACGAACACAGUGAGACGUGCGGGCCCACAUGUGCCCCUGUGGCCCCUUUCGUAGACUGUGCACUAUUGUGUGUGUUAUGAAACGCAAAAUUUAAAAAAAAAUAAAGAAAAAGGAAACUAAACAAGACAGCCUGACAGCUACAACAAUCCCACAAUCAACAGUCACAAAAGAUGUUAUUAAACUUUUUUUUUCAUUUUACUACAUGGACAUCAUGGAUAAUAAGGGAUUCUGAUUCAUUAUUAAUUUUAUUAAUUAUAUUUUCUGAUAUGAGUCUAGAACUUAGUGCAAAAACAAGACAAAACUAAAAAAAUACACAAAUGAAAGGAGUGAAGAGGAGUAUGUUUGUUAAACAUUAAAAAUGAAUAGUGUACUUCUUAACUAGGUUUACAACUGGUGGACCACACACCGGGCAUUAACCACCUGGUGAGGAUUUGGCAAAUCCACCAAAAAAAACACAUGUGAUUUAACCAACAUCUCCACCAGCGCUACAGAUUUCUCCUUAUUCUGGCAUUUACUGCAGACAAUACUAUGCUUCCUCACGCUGUUUAGAAAUGGAAGGGUGAUCUGCACUGUAUCUUCAGUUUGUUGGCUAUGCUUCUUUUGAUGACAUAUAUUAUACAGUAUAUAGACACAUAUAUUUUUUUUGUUAGAGUUCUAGCCAUUUUAUUUCUCAGCAGGGUCCUUUCUCAGACAUUACUGCAUGCUGUAUAUGGCGUUAGCUGUGUGUUGAUCUUUUAAAAGAUGAUAGAGUUUACUGGUAAUUGUGUAAUCAGCUCCUGCCUUUUUAUUUUCUUGGGUUAUUUACAUGUCAGAGACAUUUAUAAAAAGUGAAAAGAGAAAAAAAAACAAAACACUAAUACCAGGCACAGCAUCUUUUCCAGGUGUGGCUCUCUCAAGGCAAAGGCCGCCGCAGGAGGCCUCCCUUCUCCAUCGUGCCUCGGGGCAUGAACAAACAGCAAGCACCUGAACAGCUAAACAGUCAGUAACCGCUUGUUUCAGCCCAUUAUGGGAAUCUCUGAUGCCUUCGUGACCACUGGAGAAUUGAAUCCUCUUGGUUUAUUUUAUUUAAUUUCCCACCUUUGUGUGCGUGUGUAUGAAAGAGAAGAAAAUGCAGUUUUUAGGUACCCUUUUUUUCCUCCCCCGAAGUCUGGGAACCAGAGAGGCCUCGGGGAGGGGUCCUGGAUGUGAUGAGGGAAAGUGGGAUUGGGGGCUGGGGGAGGGAGGGGUUGUCUCUGACUUGACAUUAAAAAGUGUUCCAUGUCCCUCUUCACCUGGUGUGGUACAUCAUUCUCAAGUGGGGGUGAGGGGAGCAGAGCCUGCCUGGCUCAGGUGUGAAGACCGUGGAGGGGAUGGGCUCCAGACUCAAGCUCCUGCUCUUUAGGCCCCUCCUGGGGGUGGAGUGGGCCUGUUUCUGUGGAAUGUGCGCUUGUGACAGACAGGGGUGCGGGAAACCACCUUCACCCUCCUAAAGGAAUCAAGGAGGGCGUGUCUCAUGGGGACUGUGUCAGAAGGUCCUGGCUGAGGCCGGCAGCAUCCUGCUUGAAUCCAAACACCUCACCUCGUAACCUGGGCUAAAUGUCGAGUCCAGUUAGGGAAAGGCUUUUACAUGUGAUUAUUUCAGGGAGGCAGCAUAGUGCAGCUCUCACAAAAAAGAAAAAGCUUGAAACGUUGUGGGUUGGUAUCGAAUAAUCCUAAAUCCCAUCAAGCAGUGCUCUGGGGAGUGUCUUCCCUCCGUGCCUGUUCCCCAAGCCUGGCCUCCAACCACAAGUUAAGAGGAAAGGUAGAUUUUAAUACAAAAUAGUAUUCAAAUAAUUCUAAAUUGUUCUGAUUAAUUCUGGGAAUUAAAUAAGUAGCCGAAGAUUCACUGAGAGGCAGAAAUGAGGUGAGAGCCAAAACACUCAGGAAUUACUGAACUUAUGUCUUCAGGGGUCAAUUCCACCUGAAAGUAGGAAAUGUUUGGAAAGGAGUAAUUUCAUUUCCAGCUGCUGCUAGCAAAGUUGAGAAAAGAUUGUUGAUUUCAUGUUUCUCUGUGCCCUUCUGACCUUCCACCCCCACCGCCAGGUAUCAGAUAUCCCAACUCCUUCCUGGCGGCAUGCUCUGGAACACCGUGGCCAAGCCUCACAGAUUUUGGCUGUGUUGGUGUCAUUCCUCCCUUAUGCCCCAGAACUGCUAAAAGCAAGAAGCUUUGAGUCUCCUUAGAGUGAAAGUGGGUGGGUGAGAAUUAUUAGCUCUCCCAUGCCUCAACUUCUUCAGACACUGACCAGAGGAUUUGGGUGAGAUCAUGGUUCAUUGCAAUAGUGUGGGGAAAACACAGGUAAUUUCCAUAUUGCUAAACUUGAGCCCAGAGCACCUCUGAAUAAAAUAUACCAAGGCGUCUGCAAAGAGACACUUCCUAUACUUUACUGGGACGGGAGAACAUAGCGGUGCAUCACCUCCAUUUGAGUCAGAGCUUUCUCUUUCACAUUAGUAAGCAUGCUUUAGAUCAGUCUAUCACCAUCCUGCUAGGAGUAACUGGUCAGUCAUGGCCAGCUCUGUAAAGUGGCAUUUAUCAGGAAGACUUCACUUUCCCUGUUUGCCAACUCAAUUGUCCUUCUUGUCUUGAGGUUCUUUAGAGCUCUGGUUAUUCAAGAGCAUAUCUCUUGUAGAACCAGCUUUGCCAUGACUCACGGCUUCAACGGAUAGGAGAACUCUCUAUCCUGCCCCAAGAGGGGUUUCCUCUCAUCUCCUGCAUAGGGUACCAUGUGACCUCCAAUCUGCUGAGUUUCAGUCUUUAAAGGGAGCAUCCAGGUGCCCACAAGAAAGGCCUUCAACCAGAUCUAGAGUUCCAUGUCCAGGAGGAUAUGGCUUUGAUAAGAGCUUAUAGGGACAAUUCUCAGGCCCAUAUCUUCUCAGGAAACAGGAGCUUAGCAAGAGUGUUCAUUACAGCGAGUGAAGAAAGGCAUCCUGAAUAGUGCCUACAGUUACUUUUCUUGACACAGUUUGUGAUGGAAGACCAUUAAUACAGGCUGGCCUGGAUUGCACAUGUGCUAGACUCCCUGAGACUCAAGUCACUGUCAUACUUUAGGAUUCAUUCAGUACCCUAAUUUUAGGAUGUUUCUUGGGGGAACAGUGAUUUAGGUUUGGGAGAUUUUAUCCCAUAAUUGUUUCUCAUAUGUGUAGGGCUGGUAAUGGGGGAUUUUCAAGCCCUAGCCACUCCAAACAUUCCUGUAGAAUCCCAAUCAUCUUCUGUCAACAGAAUAUCUGCGCUCUAGCCACACAGAUGUGAAUGGCUCCAAGUUCCUGCAGUUAAAACUCCCCCAUAAAUCCUUCCACACAGUGGGCUCAGGUGUCUAACCUGAAGACUUGUCAGUACUUGUCCAAGGAACGCCUUCUGAUGAGUGGGACUUGCAAAGCUGGAGCUAUUUUCACAGUCAGUGACCCAUAAAUUUUCAUUUUUGUUGCUGUGGAUGGUGAUAAUGAUGGUGAUGAUGAAUGGCAGUUAUUGGUUCUUCAAGCUGGAGAUAAGUUAGCAAAUGAAUUAACACUAAAAUAUGAUUGAGAUUUAGCUCACUCCUUUGGAGUGGCCCCAUCUUUAUCUUACAGCUCUGAACCAUGAGUUUAGAAGGGAAGAGAGUCACCCUGAUCAAUCACAGGAUUGUCCCUUUAAUGUGUGGAUUUGUUUGAUAAAAAUUGUAAAAUCUGGCAUCAGCAAAACAUCCACAUUUUCUAUUCUCACAAUGGUAAAAGUUUGAGGUGCUUCUCAUUAGAGGAGAAAAACCUAUGCAAAAGGAGAGAUGUGGCAGAGUAGAUGGUCCCUGCUUAUGACGAGCCUACACGCAGUCGUGCUGCUACUGGCCGAACACAUCUGCACAUGCUAAUCAUUUGCCCUUCUUCAGACAGGCAACUUAAAAGAAUUAAGAUUAGUGGUAUCUGAGAGAGGAACUAGGUAGUACCUCUUUCCAGCAAUUUUUUAAGUUUUAAGCCAAAUUCCAGAAGUAAUUUGGUUCAGAACUUGCUCCUUGGGACAUGACUGUAAGGUAGUGUCUCUUUUGUCAUCCCAUAACUGCCCAAUCAGGCCACUCCGAAGCACUAGUUCUUACAUCUCUCUGCACUUAAUUCAGACUCGUUGUCCAUGAGCGUCCAACUCUGUCUUCCUCCAAGGCAAUAAAUGCAAAUUAAUAUCCCCAUGAUCUGUGAGUAACGAGGUCUCUGACUCUGCAUCUUCAUUCUCAUUUCCCUGUCUCCUACAACUCCAUAUCUCUCCCAUCAUAUCUAUAUCAUGUGACUAGAACAACAUGGCUUUCUGAAGGAAAGAUUCCUUAAUUCCUUAGCUCAAGUUAAGAUCACUUCUUGCAAUUUAUGUUUGAUGCAUUUUGGUGCAUCAUCCUUUAUGAUGAAGGCUUGGUUUCGCUUUAGUGUUUUGAGUGUCGAUUUUGCUCCCAUGCAAGCCUCCAUGUAACUUAAAACACCUGCCUCUGGCGUAUUGUGAAAGUAUGUGAGUGCGAUUCCAUGCUUUGGGGAUCACUAGCAGUAUUUGAAAAUGGAUUAUUCCUCUGCCAGAAUAUCUAUUUGAUUAGAGCUUCCUAGAAACAUAACUUGGCUAUGGUCAUAGCACGUAUAUGGCUUCUAGUGAACCUGAUUUUGGAAUUUCUUAGUGUCAAUGCAGUAUUUUGGAUACAGAACUGAAGUGAUAAUCAGUAGAACUAGGUUCUAGUCCAGAUUCUAUCACUAGCUGGUGGGGUUCCCUUUCUUUAUCUUUUAUACAAGGUGUUAUGAUGGAAGAUUGUUCAUCUUUUUCAGUCUUUAAAAUUCAAUAUUCAGGUAAUUCCAGAUUUUAGAAGAUUUCUGCAAGAAACAAUUGAGAAAGCUGCAUUUUUGGUAAGUGACAGUUGAAGGUGUGAAUCUGGGCAAGUUCUAUAGCCAAUGCAUUUGUCUUUGUUUCCAGAACGGCUCAUGAGAAGGGAAAACACAUAAUCAGAGCUGCCGUUUCUGCAGGUUUCAAGUGACUCCUUAAGGAGGACUUGAGGGAUGGAAGCUCCAGCCCUCGGAAUGGAGUGUUGUCUGAUAAAAGACAGUGGCUUUUUCUGGAACGGGAAAUGAUGUUAGCCCCAAGCUGCUAUUCAGUUUUGCUCUCUGUGUGACACAAGUAAAACAGGAGAAAAUAAACGGCCACACAUCAGAAAGUCUAGGGGACACGUUGGAACUAGGAAAAAUUCUCCAAGUUCCCACGAGGAAUGUGUGUGUGUGUGUGUGUAUGUGUAUGUGUGUGUAUGGUAUCUACUGUAAUUACUUAAUUACUUAAUUAUUCAAAACAGAUGACACCUGUUAUUCCCAAGAUUCAUCUUUAAAAUAACGGGAGACAGUAAUGAAAAGAAGAGUCUCCAGAUAAGGUUUUUAAUGAUCAUAUCACUUAUCGUCCUGAUAAGCAUUCUGCUCGAGGACCCAGAAAGGUUUGUGCAGGUCUCAUUUGACGUAUUUGUGUAUUUUUGGUUCCAUUCUAAGUUCACCAUGUCCCCCUCACCUUUCAUCCUGCCCCCUAGACUCUGUGCUUCAUUUUUAAUUCCUCUGUGAAGAGCAUGAGGAUGGAAGAGGCAGUAGGCAGAGCUCAGACUGAGUUUGGCGUUUGAAGAUGCGUGAGCCCUGGUCCCUUCCCCCAAAUGUUUGUGCCCGGCCACUCUCUUAAGCUUCAGUUUCUUCUUAAGCAUCACUUGCAGAGCUGAUGAAGGACCAGAUGGGGCCAUGAAGCCACCUAUUCUGCACUCUGUAAACUCAAAAGGGAAGAAAAGCACAAGCCAUGUAGCACACGUGUGGGUGAAGAGUCCUUGUCUUCCCUUGGAAGGAUGAAGGAGAAAGAGGAGGACAAAGAAAAUAAAUGCUUGAUCAAGUCAUCGAUUCAAGCCAGCACAUGUCAUUUUUUUCACUCUUGUCCACAAUUUUUCUCAUUCAUAUUGACUACUUGGAAAGGAAGACAGACAGGAAGUAAAAUGUAGAGCAAUACAUGCUGUUUGUUAGAUACAAAAUUCUUUUCUUUACGUGUCCAUCUUAGAGUUUAACAAACAAGAAAAAUGAAAAUAAAAAGAUAAAAUAGAGAAGAAUGCAAAAAAAUAAGACAUCCUUUAAUCUGUGUGAUGGAGUCUAUGUAUACAUACAUCAAGUGUGUUCUGUGGUGCUGAGAGUUAACUUCUCAGAGUGGAGAGGAGAGGCCCUUCCUGCUUACUCACUAGUCGCUGUGAGCACCAUUGCGAGGCACGCUCUUGACAAAAUACAAUCAGAUUUCACGUAUUAAAAGUAGCAUGUGCUAUUGCUUGCAAAUUUCCCCUCAUCUUUUUGAGGAAUGGGUAUAGGUAGAGUAGCGAGAAUGUGAAACCAGCAGCCAAAGGAUGCAGUCCAGCCCAAACACAGCCUCAGAUUUGCUGUGGGAUCUGCACAGUUCAUUGCACCUUCCAGGGCCUCGAUUUCCCAGUUAGUAAAAUUGAUGUUGACAAGCUGGUCUCGGAAAGCCUCCCAAGGUCUGAAAUCCUCCUUCUGCCUUCUUCUGUAGUUCACAUCUACCUCUAGAAAUAAGAAUAUUCCAUGUUUGAAACCAAGGCAAAGCCUUUGGGCAGGCAUUGGCCAUGUGGAGACAUGUAAGGGAUACUAUUCACACUUGACUAGGAAGGGGCCUGUUUUUUCUGGCAUGACAUCAAGAUUGAAAAGGCUACCAUUCUCAAACCUUUGGAUGUUAGGCUACUCUUUGAGAAGAAAAAUACAGACACACUAUCAAGACCAGAAAUCCGAACAAGUACAAAUGCACAAAAUGCUCUAGAAGAUCUCAGAUGGUUUGUGGGCUGUUCCAGACAUGCCAGUGAGCUCCAUGUUAAAACAUCCCACCGUGAAGUUUCAUCCUGGAUUUUUUUCUAUAGGCUGCUUAUAUUUCUCAAAUAUACUUGAUAAGAAUUAUGUGCUACAUGCUGUGAUUUUUAACUAAAUAAACAAAAAGCAGAGCACACUCUGGAGUCACCCAGGGAGUCUCAUAUAGAUUAGAGCCCAUCAUCUAGGAAUCAAACCCAUAAUGAUCUAACGCACAAGCUCUUUGUCCCCAAAUUCUUUUUGCUAACUGACUCUUCUCACUGUAUGUUCCUUACUCUGACAAUUAUACCAGUUUCGGUAAAACCAAA